UCAAUCGAACAUAUUUUCUCUCUGGUCAGACUCACAAACUCCAACUCGCAGCUGCUGUUAUACCCUCCUUCGUCCUCCCGCCUCAAACUUCAAAUUGCGAUCGAUUUUUAUUAUUUUUAUUUUUAAUAAUUGCUCCCUUGAAAAGAAUUAAAUAAAUAUUAGGUUAAGGGAGGCUGUGAUCUACCAGUCGUUCGCCGUCUUCGUUCCGCCACCGUACUUCCUCCCAGUGGUGAUUGAGGCUGAACUUGGUAGGGAGGACCCGUGUUCGAUCCCCGCAACAACAAUUGGGAGGGGAAUGAAACCUAUCCACUCAGAACUCGCGCUCCAAAUCCGCAUUAGCCCUAAAGGCAUUUUAGGGGAAGGGAUCUUUGACAACUGCGUUCAAUAUGGCACGAAAAGGAUUGAUGGAGCAGGACUUGAGCAAGUUGGAUGUGGCAAAAUUACAUCCUCUUUCGCCUGAAGUUAUUUCUCGCCAGGCUACAAUUAACAUUGGAACUAUUGGUCAUGUGGCCCAUGGAAAGUCGACAGUUGUGAAGGCUAUUUCUGGUGUUCAGACUGUACGGUUUAAGAAUGAGUUGGAGCGUAAUAUUACUAUCAAGCUUGGUUAUGCUAAUGCCAAGAUAUAUAAAUGUGAUGAUGAACGGUGUCCACGACCUAUGACCUAUAAGUCAUAUGGAAGUGGAAAGGAAGACACUCCAAUGUGUGACGUGCCUGGAUUUGAGAAUGCCAAGAUGAAGCUUCUGAGACAUGUGUCAUUUGUCGAUUGCCCAGGUCAUGAUAUUCUUAUGGCUACUAUGCUUAAUGGAGCUGCAAUUAUGGAUGGAGCACUACUUCUUAUUGCUGCUAAUGAGAGCUGCCCCCAACCCCAGACUUCUGAGCAUCUUGCUGCUAUUGAGAUCAUGCGACUUCAGCACAUUAUCAUCCUCCAAAAUAAAGUUGAUCUCAUCCAAGAAAAUGUUGCUAUAAACCAGCAUGAGGCUAUUCAGAAAUUUGUUCAUAGAACUGUUGCUGAUGGAGCGCCUGUAGUUCCAAUUUCUGCUCAAUCCAAGUACAACAUUGAUGUUGUUUGUGAAUACAUUGUCAAAAAUACUCCUAUCCCUAAGAGAGAUUUUAUUUCACCACCAAAUAUGAUUGUGAUCCGGUCUUUUGAUGUUAACAAACCUGGGUAUGAGGUUGAUGAAAUAAGCGGUGGUGUUGCUGGUGGAAGUAUUUUAAAGGGUGUGUUGAGACUAAACCAAAAUAUAGAGAUUCGACCUGGAAUAGUUGUGAAAGAUGAUAGUGGCAACAUCAAAUGCACACCCAUAUACUCGAGAAUUGUUUCUUUGAAAGCUGAGCAGAAUGAGUUACAAUUUGCUGUGCCUGGAGGUCUAAUUGGGGUAGGAACAACCAUGGAUCCUACUUUAACCCGAGCUGAUAGAUUGGUAGGUCAGGUCCUCGGCGAGGUUGGAUCUCUUCCAGAUGUAUUCAUUGAGCUAGAGGUGAAUUUCUUCUUGCUUGGAAGACUGAUUGGUGUGAGAACAAAAGGAACAGAGAAGCAGGGAAGAGUGACAAAACUGACCAAGGCAGAGAUUCUGAUGUUGAACAUUGGAUCCAUGUCGACUGGUGCGCGUGUAAUUGCUGUGAAAAAUGAUUUGGCAAAGUUGCAACUUACAUCUCCAGUUUGCACAAGCAAAGGAGAGAAGAUCGCCCUGAGUCGGCGGGUUGAUAAGCAUUGGCGACUGAUUGGGUGGGGACAGAUUCAAGCUGGUAUUACCCUCGAUAUCCCACCCUGUCCUCUUUGAGUGUGGAGCAAAGAAACAAGUGAGUAAUAGAGAGAGAAAGUAAAGAAGUUUUGUUGAAAUGUGGGUUGGGAGAGAACUGUUGGGAACUAUUUUUUUGAGAUGGAGGAGAAAACUUAUUAUUUGCACCCUUAUGCUUAGACCUGUCAAACGGGUCGGUCGGGUCGGGUUGUAAAAAAUUAUUUUCGGGUUCGGGUUAGAUCGGGUCGGUCACUUUCGGGUUCGGGUUUACAAAUGCUUGUUCAAGACCCAGAACUUUCGGGUUCGGGUCGACCCAACGGGUUGAGAGAUUUUAAAACGCGCAUUAUAUUUUCAUUAAUUUAGGUGAUAAAUAUACAAAAUAUGGGCACAAAUUAACAAAUUUUCCUACAUAAGUUUAUAUUUAGUCAAAUUCAACCGUAAAAUGGCGUAUAAUUCAAAUUAAAAUCAUAUUACACACAAUAAUAGUAAAAAACACCGUGUUUAUUAUGCUUAAAUUUUCUCAUAAUCGCAUUUAUUACUAUAAAUACAACGAUUUUCAAUCGGUCGGGUCCAAAACGGGUUCGGUCGGGUUUUGACCCAUUACUUUUCGGGUUGCUCGGGUUCGGAUAAAAUCGGGUUACGGGUCGCAAAAUCUUGUUCAGGACCCAGUAUUUUCGGGUCGGGUUCGGGUCGGUUUUCGGGUCGGGUCGAUUUUUGACAGGUCUACUUAUGCUCGAUUUUGGCUUUGUUUUGGUACAUGUUGUAAGAUAUUAUUUGCACCCUUAUGCUAUGAAUAAUUUUUGUUUUAUGGUUUUUACAUGA